CGUCCGCACGCUAGCUGAAAUAAAGCAAAAUGCCCGACUUUUGGGGGCGGGGCUCCUGGCAACAGCAUCUAGGCGCAGGCGCAGAGGCGACCUCCAGGCAGGGCCAGGUGGGAGGGACGGUGGGGGGGUAGGGUCGCGCGAAGCUCUCUGCGCCUGCGCCCCAGCACGAGGUGGGGCGGCGGGCGUCAGUACAGUAGAGUGUGCGCCGGGUUGGGGGGCAACGGUCAACCGUCACCCUGAGACGGGCGGCGGCGGGAUGGCGACAGCCUCCGGGGCUUCGGAUUUGUCUGGCUCCGGAGCGCCCCCGCCCGGCGUGGGAGCUCAGGCGGCGGCGGCCGCUGAGGAGGAGGAGCGAGAGGUGGUGCGGGUCCGAGUCAAGAAAUGUGAGAGCUUCUUACCGCCAGAGUUCCGCUCUUUUGCUGUAGAUCCCCAGAUCACCUCGCUCGACGUGUUGCAGCACAUCCUCAUCCGAGCCUUUGAUUUGAGUGGGUUCAAGCAAUUCUCAUGCCUCAGCCUCCUGAGUAGCUGGGAUUACAGGAAGAAGAACUUUGGCAUCAGCUACCUGGGCCGGGACCGGCUAGGACAGGAAGUUUACCUCUCACUCCUAUCUGACUGGGACCUCAGCACAGCCUUUGCCACUGCCUCCAAACCUUACCUGCAAUUGCGUGUAGAUAUUCGGCCCUCGGAGGACAGUGAGUACCCAGUGCCCCCGGGAGCACUGCUCUGGGACCCCUUUACCCCAUAGGGUGAUGCCACCCCUCACAAUACACUCCCUCAUGGUGGGAUGGGUAGCAAGGUGUCCUAGCUGUAGAUCCUGGCUCAACCACUAGGCCUCAAUUUCUUCACUUGUAAAGAGAAAAUUGUAUCUUAGAACCAUUGCGAGGCCUUGUAUCUUAGAACCAUUGUGAGGGGAAAUUCACAUAAAAUUCCUGGAACAGUGCAUGACUGCAUAAU